AGAAAAUAAUUUUUAAGUUUUAGCAAGUAUGGCCGGAGGAGGAUUUGCAACGGCUUCGGCGAACGGAGUCGAGUUCGAGGCAAAGAUAACUCCUAUAGUUAUCAUCUCUUGCAUCAUGGCUGCUACGGGCGGCCUCAUGUUCGGCUACGACAUUGGUGUCACUGGUGGAGUGACAGCAAUGCCGGACUUUCUCAAAAAGUUUUUUCCGGUGGUUCACCGACGAGUAGAAUCCGGUACAGACAAAAACAAGUACUACUGCAUAUACGACAACCAACGGUUACAACUUUUCAAAUCAUCUCUAUACUUAGCCGGUUUAACCGCGACGUUUUUCGCUGCAUACACGACGAGGAAGCUAGGACGGAGGCCAACGAUGCUCAUAGCCAGUGGAUUCUUCAUCAUCGGUGUGGUUCUUAAUGCGGGGGCUCAAGACAUAGUCAUGCUUAUUGUAGGCAGGAUCUUGCUUGGUUGUGGAAUUGGGUUCGCUAACCAAGCUGUUCCUUUGUUCUUGUCGGAGAUUGCACCAACUAGGAUCCGUGGUGGUCUUAAUAUUCUCUUUCAGCUUAAUAUCACUUUUGGUAUCCUCUUCGCCAAUCUUGUCAACUAUGGAACCGCGAAGAUUAAAGGGUGGGGAUGGAGGCUAUCUUUAGGUAUGGCGGGAGGUCCCGCGCUUCUUCUAACGGUCGGAGCUUUACUGGUGACCGAAACACCGAACAGCUUAGUCGAAAGAGGUCACCUCGAUGAAGGUAAAGCCGUUCUUCGUAGCAUUCGAGGUACUCAUAAUGUCGAACCAGAGUUUGCCUAUCUACUGGAAGCUAGUAGACUUGCUAAAGAAGUUAAACAUCCUUUCAGAAACCUUCUCCAUCGGAGAAAUCGUCCUCAGCUUGUCGUCACCGUGGCUUUACAGAUUUUUCAGCAAUGUACUGGAAUAAAUGCGAUUAUGUUCUACGCUCCUGUUCUGUUCAAUACUUUAGGGUUUGGCAGUGACGCUUCUCUCUACUCUGCAGUGGUCACUGGAGCAGUCAAUGUCCUCUCGACAUUAGUCUCGAUUUACUCUGUUGACAAGGUUGGUCGCUGGGUUCUCUUCCUUGAAGCUGGUGUCCAAAUGUUCUUCUCUCAUGUUGUUAUCGCCAUUAUCCUUGGCAACAAAGUCACUGACCACUAUACAAAUAUCUCCCAAGGUUUAGCGAUUCUAGUCGUGGUAAUGAUCUGCACUUAUGUCGCUGCUUUCGCCUGGUCUUGGGGACCGCUCUCGUGGCUAAUCCCGAGUGAGAUAUUCCCUUUAGAGACACGUUCUGCGGGACAAAGUGUGGCGGUCUGCGUUAACUUGCUCUUCACGUUUAUCAUCGCGCAAGCUUUUCUCUUGAUGCUUUGCCAUCUCAAGUUUGGUAUAUUCAUCUUCUUUUCGGCGUGGGUUUUGGUUAUGACUUUGUUUGUGAUGUUUCUACUUCCUGAGACUAAGAAUGUGCCUAUCGAGGAGAUGAAUGAGAGAGUGUGGAAGAAGCAUUGGUUUUGGGCAAGAUUCAUGGAUGAUCAUAUACAAUAAUGACCAAAGUGCUUCUGAGUAAUGAGAAAUAGUAAUUGUAAAUCUAACACCGUUGCCCUGAAUUGAUUUAAGCCAAAACCAAAGUGCUUGUCUACGAACAGAUGGUAACUAAUGAUAAACUUGUAUUGAAGUUACAGUCGCUGGUGAAUG